AUGUCUAGCACUAUGAGAGACCUCGUCAUGGGCGAGGCCGAUGAAGGCAGCUCCGACGAGGAGUCCUACGAUGAGGAAACUGGCGAGACUCGAGACCGAAAGAACCGCCGCAAUCAAAACGGUGAUGUCGAUGACUCGAGCGAGGAAGAGGAUGAUGACGAUGAUGAGGAAGAAGCCGCAAAGGUUCGAGAGGGCUUCAUCGUCGACGAGGACGAGGAAGAAGACGACAUACAGGACUCGGCCGAGGAGCGCAAGCGCAGGAAGCGGAAGCGCCGACAGGAACGGGAAGAAGAAGCACAGCUUGACGAGGAAGAUCUCGACUUAAUCGGAGAGACGUUGGGCGAGCCUGCGCAGCCAGAAAAGAAGAAAAUGAAGCGACUUCGAAUCGGUCAUCGCGACUCGGACGAUAGAAGAAACGAGCGCCGCGGCCUUGAUGACAUGUUCUCUGAUGAGGAUGAGGAAGCGGAUGAUCGAGCAUAUGCCCGGCCUACCCGCCCUGGUCGCAUGGAAGACGAGAUGGACGACUUCAUUGAGGAUGACGAUCCUGUUGAUGAGGAUGAGCGUUUUCGCCAGAUCGAAGAUGCUGAAGUUGCCCGCCCCCGAGAUCGUGGCCUUGCUGGGACAGUUCUGGACACUACUGGGCUUGAUCAGGAAGUUCUCGAUGACAUGGAGGAAAUCUUCGGUAAUGGCGAGGAGUACGACUGGGCACUUCAACUGGAGGAGGAAGAGGAAGACCGCCGCUUCCAAGAUCAGAAUCUGGAGCUCAAGGACGUAUUCGAGCCGUCGCAAUUGCAGGAGAAGCUUCUGACGGAUGAGGACAACGUCAUCCGUAACACAGACGAGCCUGAACGCUUUCAGCUCGACAGGAAGCCUUUCAAAUCGCUUCAGAUCACAAGCGAACAGUUCAAGGAAGAGGCAAAGUGGAUCACAAACCUUAUGUGGCCGAAAAAACAGCUUCCUAAACGGCUCGAGGAGCCAUUCCAGAGGGCCAUCGGCAAAGUACUUGAGUAUUUUGUUGUCGAGAUGCUCGAGGUGCCAUAUGUCUUUCAGCACCGCAAGGAUUAUCUGAUUCAUGCCGAAAAGCGAGAGAAUCCUGAUCACAAGCAUGAUCCGGACGCUCCUGAGAGUAUCGUCAGUGCUGAGAAGCUUCUUACCCAAGAUGACCUGUGGAGAGUCUUAGAGCUGGAUAUCAAGUUCCGAGCCUUCAUCGAGAGACGCAAUGCUUUGGAGAAGAACUUUGAAAAUUUGAGAGAAAAGGCUGGCAUCCAAGACGACAUUCUUGAAGAACUAAUUCCCACAGCUCAGCUCAUGGAGGAACUGCAAGACCUGCAGGACUACGUUAACUUUCAGUAUUCUGCCCAGCUCAAAGACAUUGCCGCCAUGGAGGGAAACACCAAGGAGACGAAACGCCCUGGAACGAAGUCCUCAGCUUGGGAGCGCACGAGAAGAAGCAAGGUCUACAACUUCGUCAAAGCCUAUGGUAUCUCCGCUGAUCGUCUUGCACAAAACCUUCAACGCGACGAUGGCAAGAGGUCGCUUGUGGAUGAUGAUGAGAAGGCACCCGAGGACCUGGCUGACUCGUUGACGGACGCUGAUGCGCCGAGCGCCGAAGCCGUCAUUUCCCAGGCUCGACUGAUGUACACAGAAGAACUCUUUGCAAACCCCAGGAUGCGAAAGUACUUCAGAGCACACUUCUAUAACUAUGGUGAAAUCAGCUGUCGUCGAACGGACAAAGGACUACGAAGGAUUGAUGAAUCCCAUCCAUUUUAUGAGAUCAAAUAUCUCGUCAACCAGACAAUUCCUGAUCUCCUACGUCGGCCGGAACUCUUCUUGAAGAUGAUGAAGGCAGAAGAGGAGGGGCUGGUUGAGAUCAAGCUACGACUCCAGAAUGAGCGCAAGUUCAGACAGCAGCUGGACGCCGAAUUCAAGUCGGACAACUACAGCUCUGCUGCUGAUGCGUGGAACGAGGAACGACGAAGAGUGCUAGACUCUGCCUUCUACAAGUUGGAACGGGUUAUUGCCAAGGGCGUUAAGGAGUCCCUGCGAACGUUCUGCCAAGAAGAGCUACUUAAGAUCUGCCGCGAAGAGUAUUCAAAGAGACUUGAUCAAGCCCCCUACAAGCCGAAAGGAAUGGUAUUGGGUACAACACCUCGAGUCCUUGCAUUGUCAAACGGCAUGGGCGAUGUCGGAAGAGAUCCUACUUUCUGGGCCUGGGUUGAGGAAGAUGGUCGAGUCAUCGAGCAGGGCCGGUUUGGGAACCUUGCCCGCGACGACGCCCAGCGCGAGGCUUUUACGGAAGUCGUUGAACGUCGAAAGCCGGAUGUGAUUGCCGUCAGCGGUUUCUGUGCCGAUACGCAUAAGCUUGUGCGAGACAUUGAAGGUCUCGUUGGCGAAAAGCGUCUCAUGGGCCCCGACUUCGAAGACCCUGACACAGGCGACUAUCGCAGUGAGCUGCUGGACGUGUUCGUCGUCAACGAUGAAGUGGCAAGACUCUACAAAGAUAGUCCACGAGCAAUUGCAGAGCAUCCAGGUCUACCCGCAGUCACUCGUUACUGUGUUGCGCUGGCUCGGUAUCUCCAGAACCCCAUGAAGGAGUAUGCAACACUCGGCAAGGAUAUCACAUCUGUCUCCUUCCAUCCCUGCCAGAAUCUUCUGCCGCAGGACAAGCUGCUCAGAUCCCUCGAGACAUCAAUGGUCGAUAUGGUCAACCUAUGUGGUGUGGAUAUCAACGAGGCGGUCGGAGAUUCUUAUGUUGCCAAUUUGCUCCCGUAUGUUUCUGGUCUAGGCCCUCGAAAGGCCACUGCGGUGAUCAAGGCAAUCAAUCUCAAUGGCGGUGCUGUUAAUUCCAGAGACGAACUGGUCGGAGACCCUGAUAACAACAAACUCCCCGUGGUUGGUCCGCUUGUAUGGAUGAACUGCGCCAGUUUCCUCUUUUUGGAAUACGACCCGUCGAAUCCAGCAUCCGAGCCUCUGGACAACACUCGUGUUCACCCCGAAGACUACGAACUCGGCCGAAAGAUGGCGGCUGAUGCUCUAGAGCUCGACGAGGAGGAUGUCCAGGCCGAGACUGCUGAAAAUGGUCAAGGUGCUAUCGUGCGCAAGCUCUUCAAAGAGGAUGAGCAGGACAAGGUCAACGAGUUGAUUCUCGAAGAGUAUGCCGAGCAGCUAGAGUCGAAAUACGCACAGCGAAAGCGAGCUACACUGGAGACGAUCCGUGCUGAACUGCAAGCUCCAUACGAAGAACUUAGGCGACACCUUGGCCCACUUGAGAGCGACCGCAUUUUCACAAUGUUUACCGGUGAAACCAAGGACUCAUUGACCGAAGGCAUGGUUCUACCUAUCAAUGUUCGUGUUGUCAAGGAUGAUUUCGCCAUUGUGAAGCUUGAUUGUGGCAUUGAAGGACGGGUAGAUGCCCACGAGGUCAGCCACCGGACCAACAUUUCUAUCAAGGAAAUAUUGCGGCCGGGUCAGACCGUGCAAGCCAAGAUCCUCGACCUAAACAGAAAAGACUUCCUUGCAAAGGUGUCGGUGCGCGAGGAUGCUACAAAGAAGCCAUAUAGAAGGCAUGCCGAUCACGAUCCCGACACGUGGGACUUCAGGCUGGAGGACGACGAUCGGGAGGAACUACGUGAGAAAGACAAGGUGACUGGUCGCGUACAGCGAGUCAUCAAGCAUCCGAUGUUCAAACCUUUCAACUCUACCGAGGCGGAGCAGUAUCUUGGUUCCCAAGCUGUGGGUGAUUUGGUGAUCAGACCGUCCUCAAAAGGAAAUGACCACUUGACCAUAACAUGGAAGGUCGCAGACGGCGUGUUCAAGCAUGUUGAUGUUGUUGAACUUCAAAAAGAGAGCGAGUUCGCUGUCGGCAAGAUUCUGCGCGUGGAGGGCAAGUACAGCUACUCGGAUCUUGACGAGUUGAUCGUGGAGCACAUCAAGGCAAUGGCCCGCAAGGUCGACCAGCUUACUGGGCAUGACAAGUUCCGCAAGGGAAGUUUAUCUGAGAUUGAGAAAUGGCUCACAGCCUAUACCGAUGCGAAUCCCAAGGCUGCUGUAUACACAUUGUGUAUUGACCCCAAGCACCCGGGCUACUUCUUCUUGGCCUUCAAGACCAACAAACAAUCAAAGAUUUUCUGGUGGCCAGUCAAGAUCCUACCCAACGCCUACGAAAUGCUCAAGAAUCAGUACCCUGAUAUGAGGGCAUUGACCAACGGGUUCAAAUUGCGCAUCCAGAGCGAGCUCAACAGGGCAGCCAGUACGCGGCGGUAG